GUAAAUACGGACAUAUGAGAUAAGAUUUAUAUAAACAAAGUUGUACUUGAUGGUUGUGACAGAUUAUUAAACAUGAAAAUCUUUUCGUGCGUUUUAGCUUUUGUUUACGGGAUAACAUAUUGCUACGCGAAUUUCGAAGACCGGCUUCUGGAACUGGAAAGCCUUGUUGAAGUUCAGAAUUCAGGUUAUGAAAAACUGAAAAGUCGCGCUGUAAACGUAGAAAAUGAAGUUGCUAGUCUUGGAGCCAAUGAUCCGGAAAAAAGUGGCAAACAUCCGCUGAGUGACGAAACAGAAGGGGACGAAGAUACAGAACACACUUCACCUGAUCUGCCAGAUUUCACAGAACUCAUUUCCAGGCGAGCUUCCAGCACUACAGCUGCAUUCCAAGCUCAUCUCAGCGGCAUCCAUUGUUUUAAUGACCACGAAACCGUUAUAUUUGACGUAGAAGAUCUUGACAUAGACGGCGUUUAUGGUUCUGGCAUGUAUAAUCUGAAAGACGGUAUUUUCGAACCACGGGUCUCUGGCGUGUACGCCAUAACUUGGACGGUCGCAGCACCCAGUGAAAGUCAGAGUUUCGUAACAGAGUUGAUGAUAUCUGGUCGCAUGAUGGGAGUGAUUACCUCGGAUCCCGACCGAGGUGUCCAUACCGACGGUACCGCGGAACCCACGGCACAGAGAAGUGUCGUUGUUGGUUCUGGGGUGCAUCCUUCAACGGCAAUAGUAGUGGUGCAAGUCAACGCCGGGGACCACUGCUUCAUCCGAAUGAGACAUUCUUCCGGAACAUGUAGGAAUGUCCUCAGUAAUAACAAUGUCGUUCGCACUUCAUUUUCAGGAUGGCGUUUGUUUUAAACUAACAGACAGGUUGAGCUUUUAUACUUGUAUGUGUACGGAUACAUGAAGAAAUUUAUUAAUGUCUGACAAAUCAAAUACUUAACACAAUUUAGUUGUACAUGUUCACACUUUCCUUGUUACAACUAAGUCUAAAGCUUUUAUAGUGAUCAACCCGAUAAGAUAUUUUGAAAUUUAACAUAGACACGCUUACCACUACGUAUAAAAGUUAUAUGAGCCGCACCAUGAGAAAACCAGCAUAGUGCGUUUGCGGCCAGCAUGGAUCCAGACCAGCCUGCGUAUCCGCGCAAUCUGCUCAGGCUGGUCAGAAUCCAUGCUGUUCGCUUUCAAAGCCUAUUGGAGUUAGAGAAACUGUUAGCGAACAGCAUGGAUCCUGACCAGACUGCGCGGAUGCGCGGGCUGGUCUGGAUCCAUGCUGGUCGCAAACGCACUAUGUUGGUUUUCUCAUGGCGCGGCUCAUAUGGGUUUCUCACUCAUUUUCGUACACGUACACGUUCUCUCUACUCCUCUAUUACGUUUCAUACUGCAUGUUACAAUAGACAAUAAUAAACACUAAGUUCUA